AUGGCUCCUACUAUAUUUGAGAUCCCAACAGAAAUAGUACCGGGUCCUUCCUCAUCCACCUCUCCAGCCGUACUUCAGAAGUGCACUCGCUGUGCCUACAUGGGCCCUGUCGACUCAUACCCACCCCGACGUACUGGUACGGGUCACCUCAAAGUAUGCAUCGGCUGUAUGGACAAACAAGUAGCACGGAAGUCCGCUGCCACUGUCGACUCAUCCGGCUGUGGGCAGAUUGCCACCGCGGCGAUGAGCUUGGAUGACUUCUUGAAACUCGUCACAUUGAACAAAGGUCGACCAUUCGACUUUGAUACCAUGGUGAAUCUACCAGCAGGCAUGUUCGCAGCUGGGGAACAUUUGUAUAAUCGGACGAACAAGAUUAGAGAUUUUCUGGCGGAAGCAUCAGAGUAUCACUGGAACCAAAAGAAAACAAAGCGCGGUGGAAAAUCGACGGUCGUCACAUACUUCUGUGCCCAGCUUGAAGGAGAGCAAUCAAAGUCACGAAACCAAGAUGCCGAUCGCGCCAAGUCACGUUCUCGCAUCACCCGUUAUCACUGUGGAGGCUGGCUACGUAUAACAACGAUGGAUGAUAAUGAGCUUCUUCUUCGCAUUCGUAUGACGCAUGCUGAAGCGCACCCAAGUUUCCCUGCAUCGUUUCGCAAGUCGCAGUCGGGAGAAUUCAAGAUGGAAACUACACCAAAACCAGUUCCGAAACAACCUUUGUUUACAACGGCGCCGAUGACAGUAUCUGUUGGAGUUACUGAAGUGCCUCAAAUAAUACCAAGGGACGAGGUGGGCCCAGAAGAAGAUGGCAUGGGUCCCAUUUUAGAGCAGCCACAGGGGAACGGAGGACCACCUCCAAGCAUCCCUGAGGUUUAUUUUUCGCCAGAUCAGCUUGCUGGACUAAGGCGAAAAUUUGAUGCUAUGAUGAGCAUAGCAUCUGGCCCUUGUCAUCCUGACCUAGCUCACGCUUUAGGGUCCGUAUUCGACCACUUGGAUCGUACGGUGGGCGACAUAGAGGUUGGGAGAUUUGCGAAGAGGCAGAGGAUUUCAUAA